GGUGUCGUCACUUCCGGCGCGCAGCGGCCUGGCGGGAUGGCGGCGCGGCGGCGGGAGCGGAACCGGGAGCGGGACCCCGAGCCGGAGCCCGACGGGGCCGGGAUGGCGGCGCUCCCCGAGAAGAUGGUGAACGGCUGGGUGCUGCAGUUCUACUUCCACCGGGCCAUAGAGGCCUAUCGCUCCGGGCGCAACCGCGAUUUCCGCCAGUUCCGCGACAUCAUGCAGGCGCUGCUCGUGCGGCCCCUGGACCGGGAGCCGGACGUGACCCAGAUGCUCCGCAUCAUGCAGCUGCUGUCGCGGGUGGAGGAGGGCGAGAACCUCGAUUGCACCUUCGACAAGGAGUUGGAGCUGACCCCGCUGGAGUCGGCCAUGCUGGUCCUGGACUUCAUCCGUGAGGAGUUCUCUGUGGCAGACAGGACCAUGGAGACCGUGCAGAAAAUGGUGAAGGAAGCUGCUGUUGUGGUCUGUAUCAGGAACAAGGAGUUUGAAAAAGCUUCUGACAUAGUCAAGAAGCACUUUGGCAAGGAGCCCAGAAACCAAAAGAAGAGGAACGAGUGGCUGGCUGUCAUCCGGGAGAAGAAUCCCUCUCACCCAAAGGUCAAAAACUUCUCCUACGAGGACUUCCAGCAGAGCAUCUUUGGCUUCCUCAAGGGCUACAUGGACGACUCGGAGCCCGCGCUGCUGACGUUAUUGAAAAAGACUUUGGACUCGGAGCACACCGGCAAAGGGAAAUCCUCGCUGGGGACUUCUGAGCUUGCAGAUGGGCUGAACGACCAGGCAGCAGCUCCAGAGGCCUCGGGAAGGGCAGAGGGCCCAGCCGGAGCUCCAGAGGUCCCAGGAAGGGCAGAGGGCCCAGCCGGAGCUCCAGAGGUCCCAGGAAGGGCAGAGGGCCCAGCCGGAGCUCCAGAGCUUGCAGGAGCAACAGAAGACCUGGAGGGAGCUGCCAGCCCUGCAAAAAGACCAGCUAGUCCCACAGCAGCUCCAGAGAUUACGGAAGAAGCCAGUGGCCCUGCAGCAGCUGUGGAAUUUAUGGAAGUAGUGACUGACCCAGCAGCAACGCCUGAACAUCUAACAGCAGCAUGUGAUGUCCUGGAGGGCACACCAGAGCCUAUGGACGUGGCCAAAGAACCAGCAGCAGCCCCAGAGCUCCCCAGGGUGCCCACCAGGGAAUCACAAAGGCAGCCCCCCGGAGCUGUAACCUCGUGUGGGAUUUCUGUCCUGAGAGAAGCUUUCAAGAUCCUGUCGGACUCCGGGGACCCGGACACCCUUUUCACCAAACUGGACGAAACAGACUUGCCUUGCCCCAAGCAACUGUCUCCUUCUGUAUCCCACAGAACCAAGAGAUGCAGAGAAGUGGAGAAUCAAGCUUCUGAGACCUCACAACCUCCUGAAAUGCCCCAUAACAUCAAAAACUUGUUCAGCAUAAGCAAUCUGAUCAUGGAGUUGGACAGCUCAUCCAGCAAGUCCAGCGAGUGCCCCGACUCUUCCCAGGAGCACGUGGUCUCUUCUGCUUCCAAACCUGCUCCGAAAUUGCCUGAGGAGCCCUUGGCUGCCCAGAGUGAGAAGUCCUUCCAAGGACGGUGGAACAGCUCCUGUGGCACAGAGGAGAAGGACAGCUGGAGUGAUGAGGACGAGCUCUUUGCAAAUGCAGUUUCAUUUGAGAAAAACAACCUCUCCAACAUCUCCAACUCCAAGAAACAGAAAUGGACCAUACAGGAGAGCGAGUGGAUCAAGGAGGGGGUGAAGAAGUACGGAGAAGGGAAGUGGAAAUCCAUUUGCCUGAAGUACCCCUUCAGGAACCGCACGGCCGUGAUGAUCAAGGACCGCUGGCGGACCAUGAAGAAACUGGGAAUGCUCUGAACUUGGGAGCCACGGGACUUUCUGCGUGGUUUUUGGACCUGUUUGUUUUUUCGAAGCUGGACCAGAGUGCUGUCUGUGGCAGUGGGGAAGCCCCUCUGACACCAAAAGCGUGGCUGACAGGAGCCCAGGAGCCUUGAGCUCCAGCAGUACCUGCAGAGAGCAGCGUGCUGCACCUGGCAGGGCUGUGCAGCCUCUCAGCGGGAAUUUAGACUGAGAUUUCCUCAUCCAUCCGACCACUGCAGCCUCUGGAACGAACCCCAGCUGUCUGCUCUGCUCAGGGGUGGUCAGCAGGAUGAUCUCAGAGGUGACUGCUCUUUUGUGCUUUAGUUGUCUGUUCUCUGAAUCACUUGGAUCAUCUGUUUGCCAUCCCUCCCUUGUGGAGCAGGCAGCACUGAGUCCCAGCACUUCUGUGGGGAAGAGAUCCAGGCAAGAGGAUCUACUUGCUUUUUUUUUUCCCCAUUCAUUUCUGUUUUGUAAAUGGCUAAUCUGUGAGGAGAGAUUGCUCCCUUCCAGCUCUGAGGCUUUAAAAAGCUAAAAUUACUUUGUGUUUCAGUCCUUGGAACUAUUUGUUUCUGUGCUAAAACUUAGUUCUGUCUUUGGUCAUGUUUUCUUUGGACUUUUCCUGGUACUAACCUUGCUGUGUGUGAGCUCCAAGGCUGCCACAUGUUCCUGCCUUCAAACGCCAAAGCUGGAACGGUCACUUGUAAAAUAAAGUUCCUUUCUUGUUUAAUAUGAA